AUGGUGCGCCGCUGCCGCGCGGCCGACGUGCUGGUCGCGGCCAUGAGCCGCCCCGCAAACUGCGGCAUCGAGUUCAGCAAGAAGGGGGUGCACCAAAUUAUGGCAGACUGGGCCGGCGCCGCGCAGAGGGAGGACGAGCGGCGGGCGGCGCGGGGGGUCGCGCGCGCGGCGAGGCGGCGGCGAGAGGAGGGGGCCGUUGGCGACGGCGGCGGCGGCGGCGGCGAUGGAGAAGGCGCAGAGGCGGCGCGGCAGCAGGAUGAGAGUGGGGGCGAGGAGGACGAGGACGAGGGCGAGGAGGCGACGGCUGACAGGCUGGGGCGGCGGCGCGCAGCCCAGGAGCGCGUCUGGGCGGAGCGGCGCCACAAGGCUGCGCGCGCGGCGCUGCCGCGGCUGGAGGCGGUGUGCGCCGCGAUGGCGCCGGCCGGGCUGCGGCCGGACCGGACGACGGUGUACACCUUGGUGCGGGCGGCGGUCAACGCGGGGCGCCCCGAUAGAGCGGCGGCUCUGGAGGCCGAGCUGAGGGCGUUGAUAGGGGAGCGGUCAAAGCCGAGCCUGGACAGGCUGCUCGCGGCGUCGGAGGUCGGGCGGGAGGGCGGCGACGGCGGCGCGGGCGGCGGGGAGUAG